GUUACCCCUCUUACGUAGAGCUCAGGAGAACCAGCGGCUCAGGAGAUAGAAGCUAAAACCUGUGGGUUAUUUUAGGGAGUGACUUCAUCAUGACUGCAAGGAUUCAGGGUGCAGCGGGGAAAGAACAGAAAGCAGCGCCAAGGAGGCGAACAUCAGAGGCAAUGGUGAAGGUGAGGAGAGCUCUGUGGCUGGUACUGGGGAUGCUCAGUUUAUCCCUGCUGCUGGUGGUACUGGGAGCCUACACUACAACCCGCACAGACAGCCUGAAUGUGACUGGCUACAUCUCUGGAGUUAUUCUGACCCUUGGCUCUUUCUUGGGACUUCUGGGACUCCUCCUGGAAGAGAACCGCAAGCAGCUGCUGACGGCCGCCAUUGUGUUCCUCAGCUUCGGGAUCAUCACCUCUUUUCUGUGCCUGGUGAUUGAUGGUGUCUAUAUCGUCUUAAACAUGGACAUGCGUCCCUUGAAUGCGGGGAGGUGUCAGUAUUACAGCAGCGGCAGCAGCUAUAUCUAUGAAAAUUUCUACACCACUGUGACGUGUUGGAAUUUGAAGGAGUCUUGUACCAUGACAGUACGAAGCGGGACCUGUUACUGCUGCGACCUGUACGACUGCGCCAAUGGAGACUACCUCAGCAACUACUACGAGUUUAUUGGAAUUCAAAGCUGCGAGGAAGUCUUCAUGCUGUACGUUUUAAUUUGGACCCUCGUCGGCCUGAACCUUGUGGCCUUCUUCACAGGGAUACUGACCACUGCAGUGCUGGGCAGCAUCAAGGAAUUUAGUACCAACCCUGUGACCGAACCCACUGAGGGUGCAGCAUCUUCUCCUACAGCUCCCCUGCUGGUGGACUCCAGCCCACCCUCAGCAUGCCAGCUCCACCCAGGUGCGUCAGUGUUUUUUCCAUCAGCAGAAGAGACAGCUGGCUCGCAGAGUUUUCCUCCAUCAGUGACUCCUCUCGCAGAGUCCAUCCCGCCUCCCCUCACCCCUCUGACCAGCCUGCUGCCUUAAUGAGUCCACAUCCUCUCCCUGAGCUCCAAUGACCCUCCUCAACCAGCAACUUUACACCAAAACACAACAAAAAUAAAGAACAAAGGGGGACACAGACACAUUAUUCCUCCAUCGGGGCAAAGCCAAGGAGGGGGAUGUGAUAGUCUGUUUAGGAAAUGACAUAAAAACUACCAGAACUGAAUGCCAUGAAACCUGGUGAAGAAUUGGAGUGCAGGUAAAGUAAACACCAACUUCAUUCAGAAACAGAUCAGCCUCUUUCUUUGGCAAAAUGCAGCUUUUGGGGAAGCACAGAACAGACAACACAAAGAAAACUUACUCAUUGGGAACGAAGUGUUCUCUGCUUUGAGAAUCAGAUGUUUUUCUGACAGGCUAGCUACAGCCUAAAGAUAUCCAGAAAAGUUCAUUUUUCACCCUCUAAAAGCUCAAAUGCAAACUUUGAUAGCAGUUCAGACAGUUAAACAGACUCAGUCUGCAUAAUACAGUCCACACUGCCACACAGGGCUGCAGACCGGACCAUGCACGGUGUUGCUGCAGGAUGUUCUGUAGGUGAGUUAGUGUAAACAAGUCUGGUGCAGAAGUGACAUGGUGUAAAUGUCUGCAGCAUAGCUCUUAUUGGAACCAUUUGAAUUGUUUUUUAUUUUAAUAGUUUAAUUGUUCUUGUUAACUUUUAGUUUUGGGAAUUAUCAGAAAACCUUCCGAUUGUCCAAACUAUGAG